UGCAGCUCUGGUUCUUGAUUUAGAGUGUCUCAGCAAUGAUUCUGAGUAUUGCUUUGAUCUGGGGAGUUGUGGUUGGUCUGUGCUGUUGCUUGUGGCUCAUACUGGGAAUACGAAGAAGGCGUCCAGGAGAGCCCCCUGUAGAGAAUGGCUUAAUCCCGUACCUUGGCUGCGCCCUGCAGUUUGGCGCCAACCCUCUUGAGUUUCUCCGUUGUAGGCAAAAGAUGUAUGGACACAUCUUCACAUGCAAAAUUGCUGGUCAAUAUGUUCACUUCCUCACUGACCCAUUUUCAUACCACUCUGUGAUUCGCCAUGGAAGGCAUCUGGACUGGAAAAAAUUUCAUUUCACUGCCUCUGUCAAGGCCUUCGGACAUGAAAGUAUGGAUCCAAGUGAUGGCUACACAACUGAGAAUCUGCACCAGACUUUCAUAAAAACAAUGCAGGGCGAAGCCUUGCAGACUCUCACAGAAACAAUGAUGGAGAACCUCCAGUGUGUUAUGUUGCAGUCAAACACACUUAAAAUCAACUCUAAAGACUGGGUGACAGAUGGGAUUUUUGCUUUCUGCUACAGGGUAAUGUUUGAAUCAGGCUAUUUAACACUCUUUGGCAAAGAACUCAAUACCCAGGAAGACAAAACUCUUGCCAGACAUGAAGCACAGAGGGCACUGGUCCUUAAUGCCCUUGAAAACUUUAAAGAGUUUGACAAGAUUUUUCCUGCCCUCGUAGCUGGCCUCCCAAUCCAUGUGUUCAAAAGUGGACAUAGUGCCAGAGAAAAUCUGGCAAAGACUCUCCUACACGAAAACCUCAGUAAAAGGCAGAAUGUGUCCGACCUCAUUUCACUCCGAAUGUUUCUGAAUGACACCUUAUCUACUUUUGAUGAUAUGAGUAAAGCACGGACCCAUGUAGCUGUGCUAUGGGCAUCACAGGCCAACACAUUGCCUGCCACAUUCUGGACUUUAUUUUAUUUGAUUAGGUGCCCAGAAGCAAUGAAAGCAGCAACUGAUGAAGUAAAGAAAACAUUAGAGAAUUCUGGCCAAAAAGCAAGUUUAGAUGGCCAACACAUUUUCUUGGAGAAAGAGCAGUUGGAUGAAAUGCCUGUGUUAGACAGCAUCAUUAAGGAAGCUAUGAGACUGUCAAGUGCAUCUCUCAAUGUCAGAGUUGCCAAGGAGAAUUUUGCAUUGCAGUUGGACAACAGCCACUCAUACAACAUUCGUAAAGAUGAUGUAAUAGCCCUGUACCCUCAGCUACUACAUUUUGAUCCUGAAAUUUAUGAAGAUCCUCUUACCUUCAAGUAUGAUCGGUACUUGGAUGAAAAUGGCCAAGAGAAGACCGCUUUUUACAGAAAUGGUCACAAAUUAAGAUAUUACUACAUGCCUUUUGGCUCAGGAGUGACUAAGUGUCCUGGGCGCUUCUUUGCUGUGCAUGAAAUUAAGCAGUUUUUGUCUCUUCUGCUUUCCUAUUUCGAGAUGGAACUUUCAGAUAAAAAUGGUAAAAUCCCACCCCUGGACCAGUCUCGAGCUGGACUAGGCAUUUUGCAGCCCACCUAUGAUGUUGAUUUUAGGUACAAGCUGAAAUGUCUAUGAAAAACUAGUUAUACUAAAAUGUUGGAUUGUAUAUUCUGUAUAUUUGAAAUAAGGUAUAAACAGUGACCGUUAUGUACAUAGAUAAUAAAGAUAUAUCUAGUUAGAUAGAUAGAUAAAUACACACAGG